GCGCCGGCGGGCCGCCCACUUUCAGGCUUUGGGGAGACAGGGAGAGCGAUGUGCGCCUUCUGACGCCUGGUUUCACUGCAUCGCCUUGUCAACUUUCACUCCCUCCGUCUCUGUCCUGACCCUCCCCACAUCCCUCCUGGAAGCCACUCAGAGUGCUGUGCGCACGCUGGGGGCAGCAGGGUCGCUGUCUGUCUGGGAUGGCUUCCAAUUUUAAUGACAUAGUGAAGCAGGGGUACGUGAGGAUCCGGAGCAGACGCCUAGGGAUUUAUCAACGAUGCUGGUUAGUGUUCAAGAAAGCUUCAAGCAAGGGCCCAAAGAGACUGGAGAAGUUCUCAGAUGAGCGUGCUGCUUACUUCAGGUGUUACCACAAGGUAACAGAACUCAACAAUGUGAAAAAUGUAGCCCGAUUGCCAAAGAGCACCAAGAAACAUGCUAUAGGGAUUUAUUUCAAUGAUGACACUUCGAAGACCUUUGCUUGUGAAUCAGAUCUUGAGGCAGAUGAGUGGUGCAAAGUUCUCCAGAUGGAGUGUGUGGGGACCAGAAUCAAUGACAUCAGCCUCGGAGAGCCAGAUUUACUGGCUACCGGGGUGGAGCGGGAGCAGAGUGAGAGAUUCAAUGUGUAUUUGAUGCCGUCUCCUAACUUAGAUGUACAUGGCGAAUGUGCCUUGCAGAUUACAUACGAGUACAUCUGUCUUUGGGACAUCCAGAAUCCCAGAGUCAAACUCAUCUCUUGGCCGCUAAGCGCCCUGCGGCGGUAUGGACGUGACACCACAUGGUUCACUUUUGAGGCGGGGAGGAUGUGUGAGACUGGUGAAGGACUAUUUAUCUUUCAAACACGGGACGGUGAAGCCAUCUACCAGAAGGUCCACUCUGCUGCCUUGGCCAUAGCUGAGCAGCAUGAGCGCUUGCUGCAGAGCGUGAAAAAUUCAAUGCUCCAGAUGAAGAUGAGCGAGCGGGCCGCCUCGCUGAGCACCGUGGUGCCCCUGCCCCGCAGCGCCUACUGGCAGCACAUCACAAGGCAGCAUAGCACAGGGCAGCUGUACCAUCUGCAAGAUGUCACCAGCCCUCUGAAGCUUCAUCGAACAGAGACUUUUCCCACCUACCGGUCUGAGCACUGACAGCAACUGCCAAGAGCUGUUAGCACAUUCCUGCUGUGUCAGCCACAGAUCCACAUGCUGGAGGACACAGAGGGACAGCCAGGGAGAGUGCAGAAUGAAGAAGAGCAGCUUGGCGCCCUGCUAAUGUGUGUGGCCAUGGGAAAUGCUUCGAUACAACAUAUGUAUAUAUAUUUUUUCCCUUUUCCUUUCUUUUCUUUCUUUUCUUUUUUUUUAAGAUACAGCCCCUAGCCUCAUGGAAACACGCUGGAUAAUAUUGGCCCCCCCCCCCCGUUUUUAUAGCUGGACAGGAGGAGUCAGUGUCGCGACAACAGACUGAUUUUCUACUGUUGGCAAGCCCUCGGUGCGCUUCUCUGUCUGUCCUUUCGUGGAUUUGUGUGAUUUUCCUUGUGUUUCAGUUGUAUGACGGUCGGUAUGGACAAUAAAAC